GAGAGAGUUUGCUUCGCAGAGCAAAAAUGGCGGAAGAGGCGGAGGAAGAAGACGAAGCGGAGUACCACUCCCGUGACUUCGCAUGGGAGGAUCUCCGCGACGAGAUCGAGAGCGACGCCUCUCUCUCCCACCACCUCCUCUCCUCUUCUCUCCCCUCCUCUUCGAUUGGCUCUUCUUCUACUUCUUCUUCGAUCGAUGCCGACGCAUGGAGGAGCUUCCACCACCGCCACUCCACGGGGAGGUUCUUCAAGGAAAGGAGGUAUUUGCUGAAGGAAUUCCCAGAAUUGGUUAGUUGCUGUGAUUCUGUCAAGGUUUUAGAGGUGGGAUGUGGAAAUGGGAGCACUGUUCUUCCUAUCUUGCGUUUAUGCAGUGCAGGACGAAAUACUGUUGUCUAUGGUUGUGAUUGUAGUGAAGAUGUUCUUGAGAGGGCCAAGGAGAUUGUUUCUGCGGCUAAGGGGAUCCACAUUAAGGAUCGAUUCCAUCCAUUUCUUUUGGAUUUUUCAAUUCAUAGCUUUCCGGAAUGGUUGGUCUGUUCAUCUUGUCAAUGUUCGUUAGGUGGCAAAUGUGUUGACUUCUCGUUAGAUGGUCAUCGGGAAAAACCAUCAAAAUCAAAUGCGCCCUUCAUGGGAGAAGAUCAAUGUUGUAUUGGGGGUGUUGAUUUUGUUACUUUGAUUUUCACACUUUCGGCAGUACCAUUUGACAAGAUGUCACUUAUCAUAGAGAGAUGUGCUUCUACUCUGAAACCUGGUGGUUUGAUUUUAUUUAGGGAUUAUGGCCUCUAUGACAUGACUAUGCUUCGGUUUUCGCCUGACCAAAGAGUGGGGUCUCGGGAGUACAUGAGAUCGGACGGUACUCUUUCGUAUUUCUUCUCCUUAGAUGUUGCAAGGGACCUCUUCUGUGCAGCUGGACUCGUAACGUUGGAGCUCGAGUAUUGCUGUAUAAGGUCGGUGAAUCGUCGGAACGGGAAGACGAUGCGCAGGGUUUGGGUGCAUGGAAAAUUCCAGAAGCCCAUGCCAAAUCCAUCAUGACACAUUCCUUGUGUAUAUCAUUUUCUCUUAUUGAAGAUUUUAGUUUAGAGAAAAGAGAGAUUCACCUAACACUGUAGAACAAAUGAUAGUUUCAUAUUUCACACAAGUGUGUGAUCAAUGUUUUGUUUCUGCAUCCCUUUUUCUUCUAGUGGAGAGGGGACACUGGUGUUUACAUGUGUAUUUUGUUGCAGUAAUUUGAAUUUGAGUUAUACAUUCUGUUUAAUUUAUCAGAUUUGAAAUAUUUGCUAAACAAACACAUCUGAAAUAUGAGAUGGCAUGUAACUGUUGGAA